GUGGUGGUGGUGGUGCUUCAGCUGCUUCUUCUGCUUCUGCCUCUUGCCGUUUUCAUCGAUGGUACCUCGAUAGUAGAAGAAGAAGAAGAAGAAGAAGAAGAAGACGAAGAAGAAGAAGUAGUAGUAGUAGUAGUGGUGAUGUUGCUGAUGUUGUCAGCCCACGCGGAGAAUCUCCUCUAGUCGCUUCUCACGGACUUGUGUUAUAUACUCUAUUCUUUUUUCUUUUCUUUCUCUCUUUAUCUCUCUCUCUCUCUCUCUUUAUCUUUAUCUUUCUCUUUCUUUCUCUCUCUCUCUCUCUCUCUCUCUCUCUCUCUCUCUCUCUCUUUCUAUCUUUUUCUCGCUCGUUCUCGUUUGUUCGUCCGUUCGUUCGUUCGUUCGUUCGUUCGUUCGUUCGUUCGUUCGUUCGUUCGUUCGCAGUAAGAGAGAUUAAACGAGAAGGAGUCAAUAUAGAGAACCGAGGGUUCUUUGAAUUAUUAUUUAAAUCCCAACGAUAAUUCGAGAGUAAUUUCUUCAUUUUUAAAUAAGACAGAGAAGCGAUCGAGCCGACAUCAUGGCGUUCGCUGGAUUGAAGAAACAAAUCAACAAAGCUAAUCAGUAUAUGACGGAGAAGAUGGGCGGCGCCGAGGGAACCAAGCUCGACGUCGACUUCGUUGAUAUGGAGAGGAAAACAGACGUGACCAACGAGCUUGUAGAAGAGCUACAAAUGAAAACGAAAGAAUUUCUUCAGCCGAACCCAACGGCAAGAGCGAAGAUGGCGGCGGUCAAGGGCAUCAGUAAACUCAGUGGCCAAGCAAAGGCCUCGACCUAUCCUCAACCCGAAGGUGUUCUUGGCGAUUGUAUGCUCACAUAUGGCAAAAAACUAGGCGAGGAUAGUAUUUUUGCUCAGGCCCUUAUUGAAAUGGGUGAUGCGAUGAAACAGAUGGCCGACGUAAAAUAUUCCUUGGACGACAAUAUAAAACAAAACUUUUUGGAACCUUUGCACCAUCUGCAGACCAAGGAUCUCAAGGAAGUGAUGCACCAUCGGAAGAAACUUCAAGGAAGGCGAUUGGACUUUGACUGCAAGCGAAGACGUCAAGCUAAAGCUGUGGGAAAGAGAUCGGGAAGCCCACAUUUUGGAAGUCCAGCAAAAACUGCACCCUAUGCCGACGACGAAAUUCGGCAGGCCGAAGAAAAGUUUGCCGAGAGCCUUCAUCUCGCCCAAAUGGGCAUGUUCAAUUUACUCGAAAACGAUGUCGAACAAGUUGCUCAAUUGGCGACCUUUAGUGAAGCACUAUUAGAAUAUCAUCAGCAAUGCAUCGACGUUUUACGAGUCCUAACUGAUAAGCUUUUGGAAAAGAAAGAAGAAGCAGCGAUCAGACCAAAAAUGGAAUUCGUUCCUAAGACGUUUGCUGAUCUACACGUCGAAGGUUUAACAACGUCGGAUGCCAUGAACGGUGGGAACUUCUCCAUUCACGGAUCAAGUCGAGCCGGUUCUCCGGUCCAUGGAGACGGGAAGCGUUCGCAGCUCGAACUAUUCCCGGCCGGAAAUCCGCCGCAAUCCGCCAAUGCUUCGCCAUUGCCAUCACCGAGUAAAUCACCGGCAAGGACGCCAAUGACGAGACAACCAUGUUGCACGGCUCUUUAUGAUUUUGAACCUGAGAAUGAGGGAGAACUUGGAUUCAAGGAAAACGAUACGAUCAUCCUGAUUCAAAAGAUCGACGAAAAUUGGUACGAAGGUAGCUUAAAUGGACGCAAAGGAUACUUCCCUGUGACUUACGUACAGGUCGUAGUACCGCUUCCCUAAAACUGAAUGGAGAAUUUGACUUACCAAAGAGAGACCCUUGCAAAUCGUUCGCUAGCGUCUAACCACGAUAAAAUUAAUAAUAAUUAUUGUUAUAUUAUUAUGCCUCUCUCUCUCUCUCUCUCUCUCCUCUCUCUUUCUCUCUCUCUCUCUCUCUCUCUCUCUCUUUCUCUCUAUCUCUCUCUCUCUCUCUCUUUCUAUAUCUAUCUUUCUAUAUCAUCCAAAUUAGAUCAGGAUUACGUCAAAGGGAUUAGAAAUUUUAUUAUAUAUUGCAUCGUUAUGAUUUAAUCGAGCUUGUCCUAAAAAAGAGUUACUAUCUCUAUCUCUAUCUAUCUGUCUAUCUAUCUAUCUAUCUACUAUCUAUCUAUCUAUCUAUCUUUCUCUAUUUGUCUCUUUGUCUGUCUGUCUCCCCUCCCACCCCCUUCUCUCUCUCUCUCUCUCUCUCUCUCUCUCUUUCUUUCUUCUUUCUCUUUUCUUUCCAAGAAUAGCCUCAAUUAUACGCAUGUUAAUAAUGUACAUAUAUAUAACAUUAUAAUAGUGUCUUUUAUCGAGUUAAGAAGGACCUUCGCGCGCGCAGACGAACACGGGAUGCAUACUCGCAAAGUAUAUAUAUAUAUAUACAUAUAUAUAUAUAUUAUAUUAUAUUAUAUUAUAUAUAUAUAUUCAUAGACGGGCAUAUAUUAUAUAUAGAUCUAUAUAUAUACAUAUACAUACAUAUAUAUAUAUAUAUAUAUAUAUAUAUAUAUAUAUAUAUAUAUAUAUAUAGAUUUACACAGAUACGUUAUUAUGCAGGUGCUAAUAAAUAAACAUCACCGAUCAUUCAUAUGUUUGCAUACAUAGAUAAAUACGUAUACAUACAUAAAUACAUAAAUACAUACAUGCAUACGUACAUACAUACGCUAUGAAAAGUACCUACUACGGUUAUGUAGUCCACUGCGAUGGGGGGCGGCUAUAUAUUUCCUUUAUUUUUUUUCACUUUUUUUCUUUUCCCUUUUUUCUCUUUUUUCUUUUUUUUUCUUUUACAUCCAUCUUAUCUCUCAAUAUUAACUAUCCUCAGAAAAAAUAAUAUUAAUAUUAUUAAUAGUA